CAUGCCUGCGUUUAGCCAGUAAGAGUGUAUCCCUAUAGCUUUUGAGUGGGGAAAAAUCAAUGUGCUUGUUGGCCUGUGGACAGAAUUCCCACUGCAGCGUCCCGGAACCUGCCUGUGGUAGAGCCCCUCAGAUAGUACUUAAGAGGGAGUAGGAGAAUCUUGAAGACGCAAUUCAGGCAGUGAGAACAUGAAUCUCUUACCUAAAAGCUCCAAGGAGUUUGGCUCCGUUAACUACUGGGAUAAGUUCUUCCAGCUGCGAGGAAAGAAAGCUUUCGAGUGGUAUGGGACCUACCUGGAACUCUGCGAGGUGCUACACAAAUACAUUAAGCCCAGAGAAAAGGUGCUAGUGAUUGGGUGUGGCAACUCAGAACUGAGUGAGCAGCUGUAUGAUGUGGGCUAUCAGGAUCUAGUGAACAUUGACAUCAGUGAGGUCGUCAUCAAGCAAAUGAAGGAUCGCAAUGCUACCCGGCGGCCCCAGAUGAGCUUCCUGAAGAUGGACAUGAUGCAGAUGGAGUUUCCGGAUGCCUCAUUCCAGGUGGUGUUGGACAAAGGCACCCUGGACGCUGUCCUAACAGACGAGGAGGAAAAGACCCUGCAGCAGGUGGACAGGAUGCUGGCUGAGGUUGGCCGUGUCCUGCAGGUGGGCGGUCGCUACCUCUGCAUCUCCUUGGCACAGGCUCACGUCCUGAAGAAAGCAGUGGGUCACUUUUCUCGGGCGGGGUGGAUGGUGAGGGUGCAUCAGGUGGCCUACAGCCAGGACCAGGUGAUGGAAACAGAGCAUCGGUUCUCCCUACCUGUCUUUGCCUUCAUCAUGACCAAGUUCAGACCAGUCCCUGGCUCUGCCUUGCAGAUCUUUGAGCUGUGUGCUCAGGAGCAAGGCAAGCCCGUGCGGCUCGAGAGUGCUGAGCGGCUGGCUGAGGCGGUGCUGGAACGGCAGCAGUAUGCCUGGCUGUGCAGCCAGCUACGCCGCAAGGCUGGGCUGGGGAAUGUGUCUCUGGACUUGUGCGAUGGGGACACGGGGGAGCCCCGCUACACCCUCCACGUGGUGGACAGCCCCACUGUGAAACCUUCGAGGGACAAUCAUUUUGCCAUUUUCAUCAUCCCCCAGGGCAGGGAGACUGAGUGGCUCUUUGGCAUGGAGGAGGGCCGGAAGCAGCUAGCAGCCAGCACAGGCUUCAGGAGGCUGGUGACAGUGGCUCUGCACCGAGGUCAGCAGUAUGAAGGCAUGGACAGCAUCCAGGCCGAGCUGUCGACCAGAGUCAUGGAGCUGGCCCCGGUUGGGGUGUCUGCCCAGCAGCAGGUGCCCUUCCUAUCUGUGGGUGGGGACAUCGGGAUCCGGACCAUUCAGCACCGAGACUGCAGCCCGUUGAGUGGCGACUAUGUCAUUGAGGAUGUGCAGGGGGAUGACAAGCACUUCUUUCGGCGACUGAUCUUCCUCAGCAGCAAGAAUGUGGUGCAGUCGGAAGCCAGGUUACUGAAGGAUGUGUCUCACAGAGCCCAGAAGAAACGCAAAAAGGACAGGAAGAAGCAGUGGCCUGCUGAUACUCCAGAGGCCAGCUCUGCAGCUUCAAGGCAGUCCAUCGAUAGGAGUUACCUGUGCUGUGAACACCACAAAGCCAUGAUCGCUGGCCUUGUCCUGCUGAGAAACUCGAAGCUGCUCCUAGAGACGCCACUGGCAUUGUUGGUGGUGGGCCUAGGUGGGGGCAGCCUCCCCCUCUUUGUCCACGAUCAUUUCCCAAAGUCGAGCAUCGAUGCUGUGGAGAUUGACCCCUCGAUGUUGGAAGUAGCUUCCCAGUGGUUUGGCUUCUCCCAGAGUGACCGGAUGCAGGUUCACAUUGCAGAUGGCCUGGACUAUGUUACCAGCUUGGCACAAAGAGGAGAAGCACGGCCUCACUAUGAUGUCAUAAUGUUUGAUGUGGACAGUAAGGACCCAACCCUGGGAAUGAGCUGUCCACCCCCAGCAUUUGUGGAACAAGCUUUCCUGAAGAGUGUCAAAAGCAUCUUGACUCCUGAAGGUGUUUUCAUUCUCAACCUUGUGUGCCGAGACUUGGGGCUAAAGGACUCAGUGCUUGCUGGACUCAAGACGGUAUUUCCACUCCUUUACGUCCGGCGAAUUGAGGGUGAAGUCAACGAGAUCCUGUUUUGUCAGUUGCACCCAGAGCAGAAACUUGCCACACCGGAGCUCCUGGAAAUGGCUCAAGCCCUGGAACGGACCUUGAGGAAGCCUGGGAUGGGUUGGGAUGACACAUAUGUCCUCUCAGAUAUGCUCAAGACUGUGAAGAUUGUGUGAUUACUGAUGUCAGGCGUCCUCAGCUUCCUGCCAGAGUGACCUUGGUCUUCCUGUCUGCCAGAGAUUGAAGAAAUACAUUGCACAGUACUUUUUUAGCCUUGUAUUUUUCUUGGUUUUAUAUUCCACUCCACAUGACCUCUAGCUUGGUAAGGUAUGGGCAAAGAAAAGGGUCCUUUCCCCUUCUGCUCUU